GUCCAUGGUCACUUUGAACUACGAUGGUCUCUUCAAACGACGUACAGCGUCUCUUUCUCCAGGCUGUAUUUUCUCGCGGAGUUCUUUCAUUCAAACUCGCCAAGAUCCUUUGGGAAAAGUGUAUCGAUGCAGUCAAAGCUGCAGACGAUACUGUGGACAUUGAAUAUUCUGGCGAUAGGGUUGAUUGGGAUAACUUUGUGGCUAGCAUCAACGUAGCAUUAGACAGCUUAGAUCUCGAAUUUCGACAUCUGAGUGAUGAACAGACAGGUAAAGAGGUGUAUGCUCUGGUCAACAGAAAGGGCGAUGAUAUAGCGCAAAUGGCUACGGACUAUAACCCAGGGGAGAUAGCUUACUUCAAGGCAAUCGUCGAACAAAUCAUGCUUGCACCGCGUGAAUCUUACUCCAUGUCAUCUCUUGCUGCAUUGCGCGAGGUUAACGCCCUCAAAUCGAAUAUGACCAAAGCACAAGCUGAGGUUGUUUUAGGGAGCUUUGCGGCCAAAGGAUGGCUACUCAAGAGCAAGGCGCGGUCGUUAUUCUCUCUCGACGAGAACUUUACU